AUGAUAGUUAUUUUUCUUCUAUUUCCUCUAUUGGGGCUGUGCUAUGUUGUACCUAUUUUUUGCGUGAUUUUCCCAAGAGCGGCUAUUCCUUUAAUAUAUUUGCACUCACUCCAGUCGUACCAAGUUCAAAACUUCAGCAAUUUUGCUCCAUACGGCAUUUUUGAUGGCUCUGCAUCCAACUUCUACAUACAGUCGGACUUUGAUGGUACUCCUCUAGGAACAUGGUGCGUCCAAGAGUUUAAGCUAUCGCUUCUAACUUUUAGGCAUAUUCGUCCCAAAGUCGCGACUGAUUUUCGUGGACAGAAUAAGACUGAUAUCACCGACGGCGUCCCAAUAUUUCUGUAUCUUCAUGGAAUCGCGUUUAAUCGAGCUUACCCAAGUCGAGUCGAGGUCUAUAAAUUCCUUUCUCGGCUUGGGUACCACGUGAUGGCUAUCGAUUACAGAGGUUUUGGAAAUUCUGGUGGCUAUCCAGAAGGCGAAGUUGACAUUGUCGCCGAUGCAGUCUCCCUCCUGAGAUACGCUCGAAACGUGGCGCCCCAUUCGCCAGUUUUUAUAUGGGGCAGUUCUCUGGGAACCGGGAUUGCUGGGUCUUUAGUGAAGUCGAUAAACGAAACUGGGACAGUGAGACCCCCAGAUGGCAUUGUGCUCGACGCGCCUUUUACCAACAUGCUUGCUGCUGCAUACCACUCUCCACAAGGCAAAGCAAUGAGGGUUGUCGUGGCAAUAUGGCAUCUUCUUAAGCACAUUUUUGAUUCCCUUGGCAUCGCCUACAAUUCUGAGGCAAAAUACAAGGGUUUUGCCUGUGAACGCCACAUUCCAGCCCAGGUGAUUCUACCGCUUACUGAUUUGCACAUUGUUAUACGACGACGAGGUUACUGUUCCAAUCUAUUCAGUUUUCAGCGGGCGAAUUGUCCUAUUCUCAUACUACAUUCCGCCGACGACGAGAUUGUACCAAUUCAACUUGGUCAUACGGCAAUUGUCAUUUCCUGCCAUCUGAAUUUGGUGUAUCGUUGGAUACCGCCAUGCAUGAAUGCAUCCACGCUCCAUCAGCGCUCCCAUGGGGAAUCUGUUGAACUGAACGUGAUUAAAGUGUGUGAAAGUCUAUAUUCUACAUUAAAGAAAGCAAACGUCGAUGUAACUUUUAAGAACCUUGGAUUUCAAGGCUUUGGCCACAAUAGGAACCAUGAAUACCCCGGUGCCGGAAGUCUCAUUCGGUAA